AAUCACGGAAACUAUUAAGAGUGUCAGUCUACUAAAUUAUCGCUGUGUUUGUGAGCCCUGAGCAGUGCGGUCUGGAGACUGUAGAGGCUGUGAUUUCUGCAGUUAGCAGCGAAGCUAACGGUUCAGCUCGGGUCAUUCCGCGCCGUCAGCUCCUCUGCGUGACGCUUCCGCUGCAAACAACACGCCUGCGCCGUUAAAUGACUCUCCUUCACCGAUUAUGUAGCACUUUACCAGCAAAGUCUCGGGUAGAUAUAUAUUUAUAGGCAUGGCAAACAUAUAAGCACUUAUACUUUCUGAUUUCUAAGAACAAAACGGGUCAUUCUCAAGGCCACGGAUGGAACCGGGUCGUCAACGUGAGAACCCCCCCGGGUCCGGGGAGCCUGAGUCCGGGCAGUGGAGAGAGCAGAGCGCCGCGGUGGACACCGGGGAGAGGGACGACACCCUAAAAAACAGAAGCGGGGAUGGAGGAAACGAGGAAAUCACGAGCAAAACCGAGAGCACUGUGGUGGAAGGGAAAGAUAAGGCGGAGUUUUAUGAAGAUAAGGAGGAAUAUGAGGAAGAGCUGGACCCCAGGAUUCAGGAGGAGCUGGAGCACUUGAAUCAGGCCAGUGAUGAGAUCAACAGACUGGAACUACAGCUGGAUGAAGCGAGAUCCAGCUACAGGAGGAUCCUCACAGACUCAGCACGCAAACUCAACGCUCAGGGCUCUCAGCUGGGAGCCUGCAUCGAGAAAGCCAGACCUUACUACGAAGCCCGUAGACUCGCUAAAGAGGCUCAACAGGAGACCCAGAAGGCUGCGCUGAGGUACGAGAGGGCUGUCUCCAUGCACACGGCUGCCAGAGAGAUGGUUUAUGUGGCUGAGCAAGGUUUAUUGGCUGACAGGAACACAUUGGACCCUACCUGGCAAGAGAUGCUAAACCACGCCACAGCCAAGGUUAACGAGGCAGAAGAGGAGCGUUUGAGGAGCGAGAGGGAGCACCAGCGUGUCACUCAGCUCUGUCAGGAAGCAGAAGCGCGUGUGCAGACUUUGCAGAAGGCUCUUAAGAGGGUCAUUAUCAAGUCCAAGCCUUAUUUUGAGCUCAAGGCUCAGUUCAACCACAUCUUAGAGGAGCACAAGUCCAAAGUCGUCCACCUGGAGGAACGGGUGGCAAAGGUGAAGACUCGAUAUUCUGUUGCCCUCCGCAACCUUGAGCAAAUCAGCGAGCAGAUACAUGCGCAAAGGGGUCGCAUUCGUGCUACCAGAGAGCGCAACAGAGCCUUUGGGGGGCGGAGCUCUCCGGUGGGGGCAGAGUCUGAGGGUGUAAUCAAGGCAGGGGCGUAUGCAGGGGUGGUGGCCAAUCCUUUAAUGGAUAAUGACUGGGCUGAUCAGGAGAAAACCAGGCAGUGGGUGGAGAAACACAGGGAGGCAGGUUGGGGCCAAAGAGAGAGGGUGGAAAAGGCGGAGUCAGACUCCAUGUCAAUCAUCAGCCUGCAAACCAUCGCCUCUGACCUAGAGAAGUUUGAUUCUGUGGAGCACUUGGGCGACCUUAGUGACGUCGGGAGUAUAAUAGGUGAGGAGAAAGAGGUGGAGAGUGAGAGAGGAUUUAGGGUCAACGAUAGAAUAGUAGAGAGAAAGGUGGCGAACCUCUCGAGACAGGAUGAAGAGAAAGGUGCCUCAGGGACGGACAGACAGCAGAGAGAUAGAGAGCGUGAGAGCUUUGUGAAGCAGCACCACAGAAGUAUUAGUUUGUGAGGAAACAGGAAAUUAGAGUUGCCUGUUAAUCCACCCCAAUCUUGGAGGGCUAAAGCUUGCCUGCAGGCUUCCAGACGAGCGUCUCAACUGACUACAAAUGAAUCAGACUGAAAACACUCUGC